AUGAACAGCCAGGCAGCCAAGCGAUACGCCUGCGAUCGAUGCCGGGAACAGAAACUGCGCUGCACACGCACGCAACCCGGCGACAACACAUGCGAUCGCUGUCUGCGAAUAGGCGCAUUCUGCGUCAUGAGCAGCGGCCGCCCAUUAGGUCGUCCUCCCCUGCAUACACAUGCCGCUCAAGUGGACAGGAACCAGUCUCCAUAUCCUGCACAGCGACCUCGGAAGCCUGUUCGGCGGGGGAUCGGCAGUCUGGCGGCAACCCCGAAUACUAAUCCGCUGCCAUCCCCGCCGAGUUAUUCGGAUCCUGCAUCUGCAUCGACGGCCAGUGGAUCGGAUGGGUCGGGGAUCACGGCACUUUUUCCGCCUCCUGCGCAUUUUGAUGAGAUGCUUAAUAUGCAUCUUGAUGAGAGUGAUUUUAUCAAUGAUGCUUCCAGUUCGGCGGGUUAUGGUCUUGAUACAGCUCAGAAUCAGCCAUUCGGGGCGGACUCUGCAGUACCAGAUAUCGACUUUGGCAACAUGAGCGACACCAGAGAGGCAAAGAGGCAUCUAGAAGGCAACAGCGCCAGACUGAACGAGACCUCAGCAUCCCACUCAAUAAACACCGACUCACUAUCGUUCCUGGUCAGCGUCAUCAGCAGCAUAUCCCGUCAACUGGUGGACCUCAAGAACCGGCCCUGGGAAUCGUGGGAUCCAUGCCAAAUGCGCCUCAGCCUCUUCCACAGCCACGAACCAGUCGGCCUCGAGCCGUGGGAGAAUAGCCUCUAUGUCACGAUGCGCUUUGCAUUAGUCCUGCAGACUAUGGUCCCUGCCCAGUUCACUGCUGCCCCGCCCCCGUACGACCCGCCCAAUUUAUCUGUGACGUUGAUGCUGCUGUCUACGUAUAUCCAGCUGGGCGAACUAUUCGACACCAUCCUCACUCGCAUCAGUACCUGGAUCCAGGAGACGCAGACACGGAGAUCGCCCCCUGCACACCCACACCCGGCCAGUAUGCAAGUUACCAUGAUGAUACAAGUGCUCGAGCACCAACUUCACUCCCUCGAACGGCUAAUGGGUCUACCGUCGAAAUGCCGACUAUGGAGUCGCAAAGAUGCAUACGCGGGUAUCCUCGACCAGGAAGAAUCGUCGGUGCUUACACAGGCAGUCAUGGCACAAGCGCAGGAAACGUUUCUCUCUCUCAAGCGGACGAUCGAGGUGAUUCAGAUUUCUAUGCGGGGGUCGAGUUCGGCGCUUUCACUGCCGAGCUCUGCCAGGUGA